AUGCCAAGCUGCGGCAAGGAUGAGGCCACUGAUGUUAAAUAUACAAAUGGAUCUAAUAUUGCGUUCACGUCAAGUUCGCCAGAAUGGGUCGAUAUUUCGUCGCAUGGAGCUGCAACAUCCGAUAGCCAAUUCACACGCCCCGUAACCAGGAGCAACGCGAAGCCGAGAAAUGAAGCCGCUCGUCCAAUGGGUCUGAAAAAGAGGAUUUUAAUCUUAUGCUGUGGAACCACUGGAUGCAUAGUGGUGGUAGCAGCAGUCCUCACCGGUCUCGGGUUCCUCAUAAAAUUUCUCAUCGAAUACGAGCCAAAACCUGAUGAAAUCCAAUUUUGGGACGAGGCUCCACUAGAAUAUACCAAUCCCAAUCUUGGCAUCAGAAAGAGUUUAUCAAUACCUCCAAGGAUUGGCCAAUACCUUCAUGUCGUCGUGCGCUUGAAUUACACGGCAAAUCGAUUUUGCGUUUCGCUUUCCAAGGAUUGUAAUGAUUCAAAUAACGUGUCGUGUAGCGUUUGUGCAUUAUUUGGUGAUGAUUCGAAAAUUAUUUAUGAAGCUUAUCGAGCGGGUCAGCGGGUGCUUUAUAAUGAGGCGCCAAAUCCAUUUCCGAUUAUCGAGACCAACAAAGAUUUGCCAAAAAUCGAUCUCCGAAUUCGAUUCCUCGCCGAUUACAUUCAAAUAUUUGCCGAACGCGGGGAAGUCGGGAUUUUCGAGAAAUUGCCGGAAGUGCACGCGGCGACCUGUGUAAGGCCCUUCAAUUAUAGCGGGAGGUUGGAUAUGGCGCUGAAGCCAGUAGCAACGGUUGCCCCCGCGAUAUGGGAUUCGCUGAUCGAAGGCCAGCAAACUCCAACCCUGCGCGUCAAAAGAAAAGGAGGAAUGGGUGGCGGACGCGGAGGCAGUGCAGCUCGUGGCGCAUCUCGAGGC